AUGGGUUCUAUGGGAGAGCUGGAAAUCCCCCACGUAGACGUUCUGCUUGUGGGAGCUGGCUUUGCCUCCUUCACCCUACUUAACAGGCUGCGAAAGCUCGGUCUUUCGGUCACCAUCUACGAGAAAGGCUCGGCCGCGGGAGGUAUCUGGUACUGGAAUUGCUAUCCUGGCGCAAGAGUAGACUCAGAUACUCCGAUCUACCAGCUCUUCGACAAGGAGCUAUGGGAGGAUUUCACCUUCAAGGAGCGCUAUGCUGGAUGGCCUGAGCUACGACGAUACUUCAAGCACGUCGAGAAGAAGUGGAAUGUGGAUGACCAUGUCGAAUACAACAAGCACGUCGACGGCGCUACCUUCGACGAGAAGAAGCACCAGUGGACGGUCGACUGCUCUGACGGCAGCGAGAUUACCUGCCGAUGGUUCAUUCCCUGCAUAGGCUUCGCCUCUCGUCGGUAUACGCCGCCCGUGCCCGGUCUCAGCGAGUUUCAAGGUGAGACUUACCACACCGCUGUGUGGCCACAGCACGGUGUCAACCUCAAGGGCAAGCGCGUUGCACAGAUCGGCACCGGCGCGUCUGGCAUUCAGGUGGCCCAGGAGAUCGGCCCGGUCGUGAAGAGUCUUACCCUGUACCAGCGGACGCCAAACUUCUGCUUGCCAAUGAACCAGCGCAAGCUGGAUCCCGAGGAGGAGGAGAAGAAGAAAGCCAACGGCGAUUAUGAGAAGGCCAUGAACGAUACCCGCAAGACCUUCUCCGGUUUUACUUACGACUUUGUUGAAAAGAAGACCUUCGAUGACAGCCCCGAAGAGCGCGAGAAGUUCUACCAUAAGCUGCUGGUCGAGGAGGGUGGCUUCAGGUACUGGCUAAACACAUACGAUGACAUGCUCUUCGAUCAGAAAGCCAAUGACGAGGCGUACAACUUCUGGCGCAAGACGGUGCUCAAGCGGAUCAAGAACCCGGAGAAGCAGAAACUGCUCGCUCCCGAGAAGCCACCGCAUCCUUGGGGCACGAAGCGGCCCUCGCUUGAGCAGCGCUUCUACGAGGUCAUGGACCAGGACAGCGUCACGAUCAUCGACGUCAACGAGAACCCGAUCACUGGAGUCAACGCCAAGGGGCUAGAGACGAAGCUGGGCCUGGUUGAAGUUGACGUUUUGAUUCUUGCAACCGGCUUCGACAGCGUCACUGGAUCGCUUGCCCAGCUCAACAUCCGAGGCACCGAUGGCGGAACGAUCAAGGAUCACUGGGCCAAUGGUCUGAAGACGUCAAUGGGCAUUGCUAUCCCGAAUUUCCCCAACAUGUUCUUCUUGUACGGUCCACAAGCACCCACAGCCUUCUCAAAUGGCCCAUCGUGCACACAAUUCCAGGCUGAGUUCGUUGAGGAGGCGAUCAAGCGACUCCGGGCCGACAAUAUUACGCGUUUCGAGGCCACAGAGGAGGCGGAGAAGGACUGGUGCAACCGCAUGAACGAGAAGUGGGACAAGACGCUCUUCCCGCUCGCGAAGUCGUGGUACUCUGGCGCCAACAUCCCAGGCAAGAGAGUCGAGCCGCUCAACUGGGCAGGCGGCAUGGUGGAGUAUUGCGAAAGCCUGUACGGUUCGCUUGACAACGAUUACCAGGGCUGGAAGACAAACAAGGGCGGUGCAAAACCUGAGGGCGCCAGUGUGUAAUCAUCUCCCAGUAAUAUGCUGAACGUUUUGGGCGAAGCAGAAACGGCGAACUCGGUGUAAUUCGUCCAGUACUCUACGACCAACACUUCGAU